AUGUCUGAUCUUUACGACCAUAGUUGUUGUUAGUCGCGAAGUCGUGUCCGAUCUAUCGCGACCCCAUAGACAAACAGAGGUUUAUUAAAAAAUAAAAAUAAAAAAUAGAAGGAUAUACAAGCUGAAGUUCCGUUAAAAAAAAAAGAAAGGAAGGAAGUUGUCCUUGGCCGUGGUUCCCCAUAGUCGUGGAGUGGUUUCGGUCUCUAUCCUUCCGUGGAGAGUCAAGCAUCUGAUCAAUCUUGGAAUUACUAAUAAUCGGCUGAGAAGUUCUGAGUUGUAGCUCCAGCUUUAUACCUAGCACUACUCUGCUUUGACAUGAACCAUGGUCCACAACUGAUCACCUUUACUCGUGCUCAGGAGGAGUCAGAUCUGUGGAGGGAUGGGCAAGUCCAGAAAAAAAGCUGUAGAGACUCCCAUGUCUUUGGCCAGGAGGAAGGCGAUGCUGCUGGGGAGGCAGCACGCAGCUUCUAUGAGACCCUGGUGCUUCCAAGUGAUCAUGGGAGGACCUCACAGAGGAAACGAAAAGUGACGUCUGUCCCUCGCCACCCAGCAGAGAGAGCUCCUUGCACCCAGAGCCACCCAGGACAGACAGAUGCCCGCAAAGGAAAUCAGCUCUUGAAAGCUGCCCAAGAUGGCAACCUGACAUCUUUGCGGAUGCUGGUGGAGAAGGAAGGCUGUGAUGUGAACUACAGAGAUGGCUAUUACUGGACUGCUGUGAUGUGUGCCGCCUAUGCUGGACAGGGGGAGGCAGUGCGAUAUCUUCUGAGCCAUGGUGCUGCCUGGGUAGGGGUUUGUGAGACUCAGGGCCGGGAUGCUCUGGAUCUGGCUGAGGAAGCAGGACAUCGGGAAGUGGUUGAUGUCUUACAGGAAAGCGAAAGGCCCCAUGUGAAGCGGGAACCCUUCAGCUCGCAGGCACCGACAGAAAGAAAAUACUGUGCUGUGUGCCAGAUAAACUACAGUGAAGACACCGUGGCUCUCCAUGAGCGCUCCACUGCCCACCUCUUCAACCGGCAUGACCCGCUACCUCCCACCCGCUACCACAUCCCAGAGAACAAUGUGGGUUUCCAGCUGAUGGUCAAAGGGGGCUGGGAUCAGGAAGCUGGCCUGGGGCCUGAGGGCACUGGCCGUAAGUUCCCCAUCCAGACUGUCCUCAAGCGAGAUCAGAAGGGCCUGGGAUUCUGCAGCAACCUCAAACCCAAGGUGACCCACUUCAGUGCCAAUGACCCAAGUGCUGUGGAGCAACACACAGCCCAGCAGCCCCGGAAAGAACGGGCAGCAACAGUGGGGAAGCGUGAGGCCCGCCGCAGAGAAGCCAGGUCUGCUGCUUGGGAACGCAACUUCCGUACUUACAUGAACCUUGAUUUUUGAACUCUUCUUGCAGGGGUGAGAAACCCAUUAACUGCCAGAUGUUGCUUGACUCCCACCAGCAUGGCCAGUAGGAAGGGAUGCUGGGAGUUGUAGCUGCAUAGCAUCUGAAGGGCCGGUGGAUUAUCAGGUUGUCUACAGAGCCGAGUAAUGAGCCCUCUUCCUCCUUUUGGCACAGUUGAAACCAUAAUAUUGGAAGGGGAGGGAGAACAACAAAGAGCUGUUGGCCAGGAACUAGAGAGAACCAGAAAGAUCAACUUCCUUGUGCCCUUGAAGUAAAAAAUAUGUGUAGCUUAAGUGCAUCAAUUGGUAAUGAGGGAGAAAUUACUGGAUAUAAUCUUGCUUUUUUUUUCUUUCUCAGUCAAGAAAAAUUGGCUUUUAAGUCUGCUGCUGGAUCACACCACUUCCAGUCAUCCUAGGGCAGCAGUUUUAGGCGGAAAACAGACUUCCAUGGUCUCCCUGAGAAGCAAAAGGCCCACAUCUCAGCAUGUAACAGGGAGAUCAUAUGACCCAUUCUACUCCUUGCGGCCCCUCCCUUUCCCUCCUCCCCCCUCAGUCCUAAGUAUACCGUAGGAGCACUGAGGGUUCUGUCCACCUGUGCUGGACGUACAUUUCACGUACUCACUCAUGUGUUUUCCAGCACUACCGCAGCUUGAAUUUGCCUUUCUUCUUCCCCAGGGUCAUGAUAGACUCUAUCUACUUUCCAGCCAAAAAAGGAGUAAUGUUACAACUUUGAGAUCAUCCUAGCAAAUUGAUUGCAGUAAGUGCUGGACAAACAAUGUAGUUUUUCAGUCUGAUGAAUUUAGAGGUACUCUGAAGGGCUUUUCCAAAGUUAGUGCUAGAGUCUUGCACAAGGUAGAAAAUGGGAAUCCAGAGCUGUGCUUCUUGUUUCUACAAGCUGUUCAACUUUUACAACUUUCAGAUUUUACAACCGCUUAUGAUGCAUGCCAGCACAGGGCAGUACACAGUGUCUUAUGAUGUGUGCUUGCACUAAAUCUCUUGCACAAGAGCACACAAUAUCUUCCAGUAGUCCUUCCUCAAGAGUUUUUGGAACAAGUGGUACUGCCAGGAUUAAUUCUGCUUGCUCAUCUCUUUAUUCAAUCUGGUAUAUAUACAAUUUAUGGAACUUGCUGUCACAAGAUGUCUGGCCUUUAAUAGCCUUGUGCUCUCCAAAUAUUUUGGGCUAACUUCUAUUAGAACUGUUGCUUAAGCUGACCAAUUCCUACAGCUGUAGCACCAGUAAUGUUUGAAAUCAUGUGCUUGGGCAAUGUCCAGAAACUGCCUCUUUGCGUGGAAGUUAUGAUAUGGGUAAACUUUGUAUUAGAACACUCUUCAAUAUUUUCUGAUGUCCAUGUGCUUUUAAAUUAUUUGCCUGGUUCUUGAAAGUUAAAAUUUGAUUAGUGUAAGUAGAUUUUCUGUGCCCUUGUGACAACUAAAAGACUGAGACUACAACACUGGAAAGCUAAGUUCAGUGGAUUGAAGACAUUUAGCAAUGCUUUCAGUAUUUCAGCAGAUGACAUGAAGACACUACUGGACAUAUGUAUGGAAGUUUGGUAUGCCUUUUCUGCAACUUAGAAAUGAUUAAUACAUUUGAAUUUAUGCUGUUUAGAUAUUUUCAUAUCAGUGUCACUUAAUUUUCUUGUUUCUUUCGUGUACAUGUGUGUUUUCAUAAAGGUCACUGUACAAAUAAAAGCUCUCCUCUUGACCCCCCCCCCUUGCAUGGCCAAAAGACAGGAUGUUGGCACUUUGAGUGCAGCGGGCUAAGCAAAUGCAUGGAAGAGGACAGAUCCCUCAAUGGCUGUAGCUGUAGUUGGCUUCAUUUUCACUCCAUUUCAGAGACUUUCAUUAAGAAGCAACUGCAGGGAAACACAUGGGCACACAGCAUCAUGUGGAAAAUAAUGAGCAGGCACAUGCUUAUUUAUGUAUUAUAUUUAUAUCCCACCAUUUUUCCUUCCAAGGAACUCAAGGCAGCUUACAUAAUUCUCUUCCUCUCAAUCUUACCCUCACAACAACAACCCUGUGGGGUAGGUUGGGCUGCGAGUCUGUGACUGGCCCAGAGUUGCCCACUUAGCUCAAUGGCUGAGUGGGGACUAGAACCCAGAGCUCUCAGAUUCCUCAGUGCCAUACUCCUAACCACUACACUACACUACACCCGUUAUCAAGCUUGCUAACAGCCUUUCAUUCCAGGUUUAGGGCUCAUUAAUUAGACUGUAGUGCAGACCACUGCUGCUCCUGCCAACUGCAGCAUAAUAUUGCUAUUAAUUGUGGUAUGACUUUGCCAAUCAGUUGCUACUAAUACCAGUACUUGCUUAUGGUGGGGAUGCUAAGCAGGAGCAUUUGCCAGUCAGCAGAGCCAGAGACUAUGUUAGAGCAACAGCCACAACUGUUUGCCAACCAUAUCGUAAUCAUACGGUUUUAAAAUAAAAAUAUUUCAACAACAAGUUAAAACUUUAUUUAGUAUCUGAUUUUAGAGUGGAUUAUUAGUUUGCUGUUGGUUUAUUGUUUAUUGGUUGUUGUUAGUGGUUAUAUUGUGUUUAUUUUCCUCCUGUUCCUAUUGGUAUGGUUUAUAUUGUAUUUUAAUUCUGUUUUAUGAUUUAAGAUUUGUUUUUCUUAUUUGUGUGUGUGUGUGUAUACAGAGCGCACUGUGAGUCUCCCAGAGUCUCUGGCUAUGGGACAGCAUAGAAAUGUGGUAAAUAAAUAAAUAUAAAUUAUCA